AUGGGGCUGUUGCGGGACGACGGCGGGGAGGGGCGGCCGUCGUCGGCGCGGGACGUGCGGGCGCGGCCCGACCAGCUGCCGCCCGCGGGCGUGACGGUGCUCGCGGGGCGGCCGCAGCAGGGCGGGCUGCCGUGGGACGAGGGCCACGGGCGGCUCGGCGCGCGGCACUACGCCGCGGAGGCGCAGACGCGCGCGGAGGCGGUGUGGACGGCGCAGUACGAGAAGCCCACGUUCGGGCGGCGGCGCGCGCCGGACCUGAUGGCCACGGGGCCGUCCAUGCGCGCCGCGACGGGGCCCGUCGGGGGCGGCCGCCAGCGCCCGGCGUCCGCGCACCGCGCGCAGUUCGCGGGCCCCACCUACGACACGGCCACCAUGGUCUCCAGCACCACCACCGCGACCAACCUGCGCCGGCCGUACUAG